GAACACCGUCUGGAUUAGGGAAUACAACGGACACACACACACACGCACAGAUAAACAUACUCCUUUCAACAGACAGACACUUCAUCCGAGCUGUCCACCCAGCCGGACUGAGGCAGAUGUAACUGUGUUGGUAGCAACCAAAGUAGCACGACUGACUGAAGCAUUUGUUCUCAAACCUUCCUUCCUUCAGCCGGCGUGUGUGAGAGCUGCUGCGAUGGCCUGGCCCUUCAACGUGGUCAACCAGAGGAUCGAACUGGAGAACGUGAAAGCCGAGCAUCGCAGAGCCCGUGCCUUGAAACUGGGUCAUAUUACGGAAGAUUCAUCCAAAGAGGACGAGGGAGAGAAGAAUGGUGAACCCACCAAUCAGACGGUUGGUGACAUUCAGGUGGAGGCUCGAGUGAGGAAGACCUCCUCUGAUCUUCGCAGGGAGAUUGUGGAUCUGGGAGGCGCUGAAAACCUUGCAGAACUCCGUCAGAAGAAGAAGACCUGGAAGAAGGGGUCCUCACCCAGGGUGUCCAUAGAAGUGCCUGUGCUGGAUGUGGUGAAUACAGAUGAAUUCAUAAACGCAGCCAUCCAGGGCAAACUCAAGGUCGUGGUGAAGUACUUGUCGGAUGGUGGGGAUCCUAACACAUUUGAUGAGUUGCGGAGGACUGCUCUGCACCGUGCUUCCAUGGAGGGCCACAUCACGGUGAUCCAGAAGCUUCUGGAGAACGGAGCAGACAUCUCCCUGAAGGACAGGCUGGACUCCAGAGCAGUCCACUGGGCAAGCAGAGGAGGAAGGCUGGGCGUGCUCAAAGUCCUCCACAGUCAUGGAGCCGAUCUCAAUGUCAGGGAUAAGGCCAUGAGCUCGCCCCUGCAUGUGGCCACCAGGACCGGCCAUGCUGAUGUCGUGGAUUUCUUGAUCUCCAACGGCGCCAAGAUCAACGCCAAGGACAGGGAGGGGGACACAGCCCUGCACGAUGCUGUGCGUCUCAACAGGUACAAGAUCGUCCACCUGCUCAUCGUGGCGGGAGCGGACACCAAGAUCCAAAACUACGCUGGCCUCAUUGCUGUGGAGCAGGUGAAACAGUGGCAGUUUGACACCAAGGAAACCCUGGAGAAGUUGGAGCAGCUUAGACUGGUGGGCCUGAUACCCUCCUAACCCUACACACACACACCUUGCCCCUGGAAGAAGAGAGGGAAGUAUGUCUGUGUGUGGGCCUGUGUGUGGAUGUGUAACUCCGAUCCACCAUGACCUUACUGUCCCCAUAGAAACAACAUACAAUGUGUACCUCAUAACCUCCUAUACCACUGUUUUGGGG